AGUUCAUUUUUCUGAGUGUUUGGGUUCUGUCUCAUGAGCUACCCUUUUGUGGGCUUCGUGUUCGUGAAGUUCCCAAGAGAAUAGAAUUUAACGAGUAUUCUUUCGUUUUGUAUUCUUUGGAUACCUUGACGCAGUUUUGUAGUGGUCCUUGAUUGAUGGAUGUGUAUGUUUUAAAUUCGUUAGAGAAAUUCAAAAUAGGGUAGUACCCUGAAAAAAAAAAGAUAAAUAUAAAUAUUUAAUGGUUCUAUGUGACAAAUUAGAGUGGAGUGUGAGACAAAUCGCACGUAAAUGGUAAUGGAAAAAUACGAUGACACCAACUGGCUUGAUCGGAGCCCUGGCCAAGAAGAAGAGAAAAAGACACAUGCGCAGAAACUAGAAAAGAAAAAUAACAUUUUACCAUUGUGGGGGAAUGAGCGGACCAUGAAUCUUAACCCAUUGAUUUUGACAAACAUCCAGUCAUCUCAUUACUUCAAGGUCAAUCUAUAUGAACUCAAAACAUAUCAUGAGGUCAUUGAUGAAAUUUAUUACAAGGUUACCCAUCUAGAGCCAUGGGAGAAAGGUAGCAGAAAAACAGCUGGCCAGACUGGAAUGUGUGGCGGAGUUCGUGGAGUUGGUGCAGGUGGUAUUGUCUCAACAGCUUAUUGUUUGCUAUAUAAGCUGUUUACCCUAAAGUUAACAAGGAAACAAGUGAAUGGUCUCUUAACUCAUCCAGAUUCACCUUAUAUUCGAGGCCUGGGGUUUAUGUACAUAAGGUAUACUCAGCCUCCACAAGAUUUGUGGGACUGGUAUGACCCUUAUUUGGAAGAUCCAGAGGAAAUGGAUGUCAAAGCUGGUGGUGGCCAAGUUAUGACUAUUGGUGACAUGCUCAGAGCAUUCCUGACAAAACUGGAGUGGUUUUCAACCCUUUUUCCUAGAAUACCUGUACCUAUUCAGCAAAAACUUGAAAAAAAGAUGUUAGAAAGAUUUCCUCCUGUAGUAUCACCCUCACGGCCACUGAAGCAAUCGCUACCACCACUGCAGUCAAGCAAAGAGGCAAGACAUAUCCCUGAUGAUGAAGUGUCUUUUGGGGAAGCAGAACGAUUUUCAAGGCUCAGGAGGACGGAUGCACCUCCACCAAGAGAGAGGCGGCAAUCACCAGAUAGAGCCAGAAGCAAAGAAAGGGAGAGAGAUAGGAGAAGAGCUUACAGUUCUGAGAGGCGAAGUAGCAGAGAAAAACAUCACAGAAAUAGCAGAGAAAGGAGAAGCUCGUACAGCCGUGAGAGGAGUCCUUUGCGCCAUCGAGAAAGAACACAUGUACAUAGAACAAAAAAUGGCAGGGAAACCCCUGUUCGUCGAAGCUCACCUGAUGAUUUUGCUGCAGAGCUCAGAAGAGAAAAGGAACGUCAGAAACGGGAGAGAGAAAAAGAGAGGGAAAGAGAAAGAGAACGGGAUAAAGAAAAAGACCGACACAGAGAUAAAGACAGGGAUCGAGAACGGGAUAGGGAAAGAGAGAGAGAAAAAUUGAGGGAAAGGGACCGUUCUCGUGACAGGGCUCAUGAACGCUCUAGGGUCUGGGACAGAGAGGAUUCCCGUGACAAAGAUCGCAGUCGAGAUAAGGAUAAAGACUUGGAUCGUGCUUAUGACAAAGAGAGGGAUUAUUCUCGAGAAACACGCCAUAAAAGGAAACGGAGCUGAAAAUUGCAGGCACUUUGUAUUAUUGAGUGUGUGUUUGAGAGAGAGAGAGAGAGAGAGAGCGAGAGAGCGAACUGUAUGCAGUCUCCGCUCUACAGAACUUACAGAUUUUGAUAUUGUGAGCUGUAUGACUGCUGUAUAGGUGGCUGUAUUUGUGAAACUUCUAAUUUGUGAGAAGUUGAUACAAAGAUCAUUUAAAUUAAAACUGGGAACAAUACAAUUUGAUAGAUUAAACAUCUCAAAUCAUUACAAGAAAUGCAAGAACUAUUUUUGAUCAUCAAAAAUUUCAGCUUUUAUUUUGGAACAAAGGAAAUUUGUUUUGAGCUUUAUUUCAAGAGUGGUUCUUGAAUUGUUGUUAAAAGAUGGCAUAGUGUGAGAAUUUUUGUAAAGAAAUAUUAACUAAAUUAUUAAAAAUGUGAGACUGCAUGGUAGCCAUGUGUGAGCCUAUGAAAGCAGUUCAUUGCAUAUCACUUUCAAGUAGUGUGUUUUAUUUGUUUGACUAUAGAAUUAAGUCUACAGAAAUGUAAUUUACUUGUAGAUAAAAGUAUACCCCAAACAUGUCUCCUCACUAAAACUUGGUCAAAUUUGUGCCUAAUUUUUCACCUUCUACCAGUAGAGUUUGUUUAGAAAACUGUUAAGGUUGCCUGAUAUUUACUGGUUUGAAAUGCUUUUACUUCAAGCACGUCAAAACAAUACUGUUUGUGCAGUAAGGAUAGUAGUUGUAGUCAGUGGCCUCAAACUGAUAUGAGGUCUGUCACACACAGGUCUCAUCCUAGAUAACAGUCAAUAAUUGUUACGAGUGAAGAUCACAGAAUGUGAGCCUGAAUGAAAACACUAAUGCCAUAUCGGUACCAGUCAAAAUAUUAUCUUAACUGUGUGUUUGAGCUGAGGUGCUAAGACGUCAAUGAUCUAUCAUUACAAAGUAAUCAGAAAUGCCUUGAUCACAAACAACGGCUCAGUACAAAGCAGAUUUAAUACCAGUUACCACAAUUUGUUCGGCUAAAUCAAAGAUCAACUCAUCCAGUGUUGAAUAACAAUCUUGACAUUGUUCCAGUGCUUCACAUGAUGAUAUUUUGUAUUUAACAAGAUAUGAACUUUUUAUUUGAUACGCACCCCCCCCCCCCCCCCCCCACUCGAUUUCACACCCACAUCAAAAAUGGAUUUUUGAUACUCCCAUUUGUAACCUUACUGUAACUGCAUUUUACAGUUAUGGUAAUUUUUCUGGCUGUCAACAAGUAUACCAUAGUAAAUAUAUUGUUACAUAUUGUUUUUCACAAAGUAUAGGGAAAUAUUUUAAGUUUUGAUUUUUUACAAAUUGGGACACACAACAUCUUCUGUGAAUCAUGGCUUUUGAAUUGUCAUAUAUCUUUUAUAAAUAUCAUGUAUCAUUUGUCAGUCCUUUGAAUCUUGUUAGUUGAUGUGCAUUGUGGAUGGUGCAACUCAGUUUUUCAAAACAAACUAUUCCUAUUUUUUUAAUUGUGUAAUUUUCAUUCUUUCUCAUAUGCAUGUUGGAUUAUGGCUCACCUCCUCCCUCUCUUCUGGUUUUGCAGUAUUAAUUUUUCAUCUAAAUUUUAACAAUGCUAAUAAUAACAAUAAUAAUAAUAAUCCCGAAUGAGAUUUUCACUCUGCAGCGGAGUGUGCGCUGAUAUGAAACUUCCUGGCGGGUUAAAACUGUAAUGAAAUGAAAUGUCAUGUAACGAGGGCCUCCCGUCGGGUAGACCGUUCGUCUGGUGCAAGUCUUUCGAUUUGAUGCCCCUUCGGAGACUUGCGCGUCGAUGGGGAUGAAAUGACGAUGAUUGGGACAACACAACACCCAGUCCCUGAGCGGAGAAAAUCUCCGACCCAGCCGGGAGUCGAACCCAGGCCCUUUGGAUUGACAGUCUGUCGCGCUGACCACUCAGCUACUGGGGGCGAACAUUGACCGGGACUCAAACUCGGGACCUUUGCCUUUCGCGGGCAAGUGCUCUACCAUCUGAGCUACCAAAGCACGACUCACGCACAGUCCUCACAGCUUUACUUCGGCCAGUACCUCGUCUCCUGCCUUCCAAACUUUACAGAAGCUCUCCUUUCGCAGGAGAGCUUCUGUAAAGUUUGGAAGGUAGGAGACGAGGUACUGGCAGAAGUUUUCGCAGGAGAGCUUCUGUAAAGUUUGGAAGGUAGGAGACGAGGUACUGGCAGAAGUAAAGCUGUGAGGACCGGGUGCGAGUCGUGCUUUGGUAGCUCAGAUGGUAGAGCACUUGCCCGCGAAAGGCAAAGGUCCCGAGUUCGAGUCUCAGUCGGGCACACAGUUUUAAUCUGCCAGUAAGUUUCAAUAAUAAUUAUUAUAAUAAUUGCUCUAAUUUGAAAAGAAUAAAAAAAAUUAACUACAUAUAUACAAAUGUUUGUAUUCAGUCAUGUAUGCUCAGCAUGAGAAACGUUUAAAUCAAAAUUACGAGUACUGUAUAAAUACUCAGUAUUGCUUCAAAUUUACUGCUAGAAAUAGCAAAACAGCUACCUCCUUAGCCUCAGGGGAUCUUCUUUCCACAGAAGAAGCUGAAAAGAGGUACUUCAAGAAACCUAAUAUCAGCAAGAAUAUGAAUACUGUGUAUGAAAACCCAUAUUAUAUGAACAAACAAAACCACUCACAAUAAAUCUGUUACCCUUUAUUGAAUGUGAAAGUUGGUAUAAUGCACCUAAUACCCUCAUUAAAGUUCAAAAAGUGCUUGAAGACUCGUUUGUCAUUUUGAAUUUGAAUGAAAUAUAUGCAGUCAGAAUAAUUUGCCAGAUUUGGGUGUGCCCACGGUGCCCCCCCCCUCCCCCCCCCCCCCCCCUCCGGGAAUGUCUCACACCAAACGAGUGUAACCCCUAUGUUUGUGUGGUAGAGUAAUGGCGGUGUACGCAUACGUGGAGAACUUGUUUGCGGAGCAAUCGCCGACAUAGUGUAACUGAGGUGGAAUAAGGGGAACCAGCCUGCAUUCGCCGAGGCAGAUGGAAAACCAACUAAAAACCAUCCACAGACUGGCCGGUUCACCAGACCUCAACACACAUCCGCCGGGCGGAUUUGUGCCGGUGACCAGGCACUCCUUCCUGUCCAGAAUUGCAAGCCAUGAUAAGCUUUUUUUUCCUCUGGAAUAUUUUUGGUUAAAUAUCCUUUUUAUAUAAAUGGAGGUGUAGCAAAGUGGUGCAUGGCUUUUAUGUAACAACAGGAGUGAACUACACACUGCUGUUCUGGCAGUGGUAUAAAAGAAAUGUGAGAUUUUGUGAGUACAAUGAAACUCAAUAUGAUGGUUUUAAUUUGAAUGAUCUUUGUACUGAUACAAAACAAAGUAUUUUACUGUAGAAUAUUUUAAUUGCAGUGAUGAAGUAGUAUUGAUUAAUCAAAUAAUUAUAUAUAAACAUGAAAUGUUGUUGAAGUAAACAAUUGUUACGGUAUCACAAAAAAUGUCGAAAAGUGUGUGCAUAUUCACCUGUUCGUGUGACUGAAUGUAUUUUUUCCCUUUUCUAUUAUUUAUGUCAACUUUAUUGUCAGAAUGUUAUAUGUAGUUAAAUUCUAACAGUACAUUACAGACCUGUCAUGUAUCCUCCAAUUUCUUUGAACUCCAACUUAUGUGCACUAAUGCCUUUUCAGUAUCAGCAUUACACAUUUACCUUACUAGAUAAUAAAACGAAUCUUGGGGUACAUAAGCACAAAUGGAAAAUUAAUGUUUUAUUGUGUUUUGAGAUUUGGUUGGCUUUUGCUAUGUGUAUUGACAGGUUGUCUACUUUGACACUGAAAGUAUUUGUUUUGUCAAGAAGAAACCUGACAAAUAAUUAGAAAUUUACUAAGCAUGUUGGAAAUAAUGUCAUGAAAUCACUACAUCCUGUGUCCAGGAGUACAUCAGUAGUUUGACAACAACAGUUUGAGGGCAUGGAGAAUCUCUCUGAAUAACAGACUGACGACUGGGAUCAGUCAGAAUUGUUGUGUACUAUCAGCCUCUCUCUCUCUCUUUGAACUGUGCUAAUUUAUGAUUUCUACGUGAAAAAAAGGUGGUGAAUAGUUUAAAACAGACAACUUUCUUACUGAUUGAACAUCUGUUUUACAAUAAGUUCCACUGGAAACUUAUUUUGUUUGUGUAUCACUAGUAGUAUUUGUAUGCUGUUUUUGUUAUAUGCAGCUUUUUGCUGGCAUUCGCAUUUUUAUUGCUGAAAUUCGUCUUUCUUUGUUACUUCUCCUAAACACCCCAAUAAAUAGUGUAUAGUGAAUAUUUUUAUUAAAUCAUAUACAGUGUUGUGUGGAUUUUAUUUUCAUUCAUUUUGUAAUAGCUCUGAAAAGUUAGUACUUCAUUUUUAGUAUGUUAGUGUAAGACAUAAAGAUGUACUCUUAACUAUGUUUUCUCAGUUUUAUGGUGAACAAAAAACAUCUGUCAAAUGAUGAUAACUGGGCAGCUAUUCCAGCCCAAUAUGAUCGGCUUUAUCGAGAAAUCUAUUUUAUGAUUAAUAUAGAAAUUCAGCCUGCAGAGCAUACUUAGACAUGGAUCAAAAUUUUUAUAAAGGUAUUUAGUAGAGGAAAUACAUAAGUAAUGGAGUUACAUUGUUAAUGACUCAUGAUGGACGAAAGUAGAUAAUAUAGGAGACACGAGUGACCUCAAAUGUUCGCCAGUAGUAACUUUGUAAAAUGUUUGAUUCUGUGAUUUAAUUAUAAGGUGCAUUCAGAAAUAAAGAAGCCAGUGACUGUAAAGUGGAAAACCACUGAAAGUAUCACAAUGCUAUUGCUUACAGAAGAAAGUGUGGUUCCUGUACGAAUGCUGAGACCCCAAGCCCAUUCCAAGAGGGGUAUGGGCACACAUCACAUGAUGACAAAGCGAGCACAUUCUUGUGUCAACCAUGCAACAAACGUAAUAGUGCUGAAAAUAGAGAAAGAGAGGCUUCAGAAGAAGAACAAAGGGGUGUUGUGUUUCCUUACAGCUGAAGGAGUGUGGGGGAAUGGAAUUACAUUGGACAAUGGCACAAGUGUAUGGAGAGCAUUGCAUGUCUAUUGCAGUUCGAAGCUCUGUGGCAGUGGCUGCUAACAUAAUUUGCUAGUCUUCAAUAAUGAGGGCAUCCACCUGCUGGACAGUGGUAUCGGUAAUGUGGUGUGGUAUGUGCAUCAUUGGCCAACUUCCUUCAUUCUUCUUUGAAUUGCUUUGCCAUGCCUUGACCAUUGUGAUGGACAUGCCAUGCUCUCCAUACAUUUGUGUCAUUCUUUGAUGAAUUUCCACCCCUGCACUCCUUCUGAUGUCUUAAGAUGCACUGCCCUCCUUUGACCUUUCUUCUUCAGAAAUCUCUAUUCCACUGUUCUCAGCUAGACUAAGUGCAGUGGACAGUGAAUGUGUGUAAGUGCUUGCUCCGUUGUCACUUGGGCGUGUGCCUCUGUCCCUCAAGUGGGGAGUGUUGUGUGUCAGCACUCUCAUAGGGACCACACCUUCUUCCAUAGGUAAUGGCAUUAUAAUCCCUUAUGCGGUUCUCAUUCUACAGCCUCUGGCUUGUUUCUUUUUUAAUGCAAUUUGUAGAUUUGUGCACCAAUAUUUGUGACAGAACAACAUCUACUUACCCGCUGCUGAAGCAGGAAUAAUCACAGAAACACACAUUUAAAAACUCUUAUCUGCAAAUUGUCUAAUUUCUUAUAGAGGAGGAUGGAAAAACGGAAAACACAAAUUAAAAGUUUUCAGUUGAUUUAGGGCAAGGAAUAGUUGUGUCAAAAUCUGUAUCUUGGUUAAUUUGAGACUCUUCCAUUGUUCACUCUGACUGCUACAUUGUACUCCAAUGAUCAAUGAUGAUUAGGAAUGCCUUUUCAUCCUUUUUGGCAAUUUUACAUCUCAUGCUUGAAAACAUUUUUAAAAAUUCAGAAAGCUUGGCAUUCAAGUGAGUUUUAAAAGUUGUAUGUCAAUCAGUUUUAGUUUUCAUUUUUUAAUAUUAUAUUUGAUAAACUGACACUACUCCUUUUGCAAAUGUUCAGUCUCUUGACAUCUCAAGUGUGGGAUUGAGUCAUGAUCUUUAGACAUAGUUCUCUGCAUAACAUUUCCUCUACUGCUACUGAACAGACUGUCAGAGGCUUUAUUGUUAGGUGUUCUGAUUAUCCCUCCUUAGCUGCUGUCAGAUAAGUAAUACUUUGAACAAUUUUCUGCUACAAUUGUUAAUAUUUUGUCAUAUUUUACUUUUUAAUUGCAUUUGCAAGGAAAUUGGACAAAUAUCUUUCAGACCAAAAUAUUCAGUAAUGUACAUGAUAUAUCAAGAAGAUAACUCUGUCAGUAAUUGAAAUAUUGUAUCCAAAAUGGAAUCAGCUGUGCUAGAUACUGGAAAACAUACCAUCAAUUAGUUAUGCUGGGAAAGUCUCCUAUAAAUCAAACCAAAACCUAUUAGAGCAGCAAGGUGGUGAUAAGCAAGAAGUAGAGAGAAGUGACAUAAGUAUGUAUAUGUAAACAGCGACCUAAAUUGAUUAUGUAUAAAAAUUUCUGUGGCCAAAAAGAAUCUAAAACCAACAGAAAGGUGGUAGAUUUAAUUGGUUGAGUAUUAAUCCUUUCACUGGGGUGUUGGGAAAUGACGAAAAACCCGCAUGCAGCCCUAGAAAUUGACUUUCUCUCACAGCCAAAUAUAUAUAUAUCUCGUCAGGAGUAAGAAAUUAAACUCUUGUGUGUCUAAAUAUAACUUACACAUUUUCAUUUAUACAGUUUUAUAAAAAUGAUUACUUGGAAUUUCCUCCACACCCCACCGGAUGAUAAUAAUGAAUUUACUAUCAAGCACAUUGUUUUUUGGUGAGACCAGUAUGUGGGAUGGGCAGCCUUGAUGGCCACACAUUGGAAAGGCCACGCUGGAAAAUGCUCUUUUGGGAAAGCAACAAGCAUUAGAAUGGGGCUGUGGAACAAUGUAGUUUCGACGCUUAGAGUAACAGAAACAGACAUAACAGAGAACAUUACUCUUAAAGACAAUGCAAUAUAAGAAACUGAUUUAAAACAAGUGAAGCAUAUGAAACUGAAAACUGAACCUGUACACAACACCUGACAUCUAACAAUUGCCACUCAUUUAUAUAUGGGUUUAUCAGUCAAAGGGUUAAUUCAAGAGGCAAGUGAGAAGUACAGUGGCAGAAUAAACUCCAAAUAGGAAGUUGUUUGCUGUGGUAGGAUGGUUGAUGGUUGAAAAACUAAGAAGUUUCUUCCCUAUCUGUUGUCUUUUACAGUAGCUGGAGGGAAUUGAGUGCCACCCUACUGGAAUAAGAUAGCUACCAUUUAUUUAACACACAUUGAUUGAGAAUAAUGUCUUUUGUUGGGAAAUUUAGUUAUGCUUUUAUAUCUCGAAAUAGCCGCAUUGACUGUAAAACAGAUUGUUAUUCCACUGUGAGUAUGAAACACCGUUGUUUUCUCUCUUGCACUUUGCAUAUUAACCAUUAAAUUUGCUAUUUAAAUAUUAUUAUAAGAUUCAUUGUGUAUAGUUAUUGCCAUAUGUUAAUUGGAGCCAGAUCUUCCAGUAACGUAUUGCUUCAGACUAACUUUUCUACUGUCAUUGUUACUAUUUCACCUUUGAAAGUGAUGAAUGUUGGAGGUCGUUCAUCUGAGGGUUAUGCAACUGAAAUAUUAACGUCAUAAAUAUUGACUGUCCAUGCAGAAGUAUGAAGUAAAAAUCUUUGCAAGUUUUGUUGUAGUGGCGUUGAUAAUUGUCUUUCCAAUGCCUUUAACUUUUAUUUUCCAUUCUCCUAAUACUAGUCCCUAACAUAUCACCGCAUCCAGUUUUUUUGUCAUGGUUAGAUGAUAUAAUCUGAUCAUGGGACUCUCUUUUUCACUAAAACCUCAUGAAAGGCAAGUUAUUAAGCCAUACCAGUAAACAGCAUAUAUCAUUGUUGUUAUAUUUUCAUCAUUACUAUUGCAUGUAAGGUUUUUCCCAGGUUUUAAUACCAUUCAUCAGAGAUUUUUGCACUCCAUGCACAUUUUCUUCGCUGUUUUCAGAUAGGGAAAUUAGCUCUAACCUUCAUAGUUCAUCUGGGGUUAGCAAUGGUUUUGCUCCAGCUCACUUGAGUACACUGCAGCCCACAAGAAAUAUGGGAAUCUUGUUUUAUACUGAGAAUCUUUAAAUGUUUGGUGUAAUCAAAGUUGCUUCAUUGAGGAAGAGUUUAUGUAGCUUUAUCCUCCAUUUUAACACAAGAUGCUCAAAAAAUAAAAGUACAGAAUUCAAUAACAGUUCCUGUGACUACUAUAAUACUGUUUUCUUUUACUAGGAAUCAGGAGAGUUCUAAUGGUUGGUACAGUUGUCCCCGGUCCUGCAAACCUCUUGAGUCAGAUAUAGCAAGCCAAGAAACAAAAAUUAGUGUGCAAAUAAAUGUUUCCCAGAUUUGUUUGCUUUUUUCUGGUAAUAUGGCACUUGUAAGUCGGUAAUUCUUCACCAAUAUUAGUAAGUGAAAUAUUCAAAGAAGAACUAUUUUAUAUUCUUGUUGGAGGUUUGUCUGACUUUUGAUAGAUUUUAGCAAUCCCUUUAUUGUUCAGCAUAUUUUUGAUAAUUAUACUAUAGCUAAAAAAAGAGUUUGCUGUUGUUGUUGAUAAACCAAUAUGUGCUAGUAGUGAGCAGAUGUUCAGCCUCAAUUCCAUCCUCAUACUAUGCACAUUUGUUGUGAAUGGCUACCAAUGAAAUUUCAUUGGGCUUUUGUUGUCAUAUUCUGUUAAAGAGUUGGCAAAGCUGCUAGUUGUAUGUUGUUAUAACUUCGUUUUCACAACAUUUAUCACUGUAACUGGGUUGAUGAAUGUAUGGUAAGAUAUGGCUGGAAUGACUGACUCCCAUUUAUACUGUUUGAUGAUAUGAUGAUGCUGAUAUUUGUUAUUCUAUGUUAUAUGGAUUGCCAAUGUUGUUAUUGGAUACAUGUGUUACAUGAUUCUUUUGUUGUAGUUCUCUUGAUUUAAUUUGUAUUUGUACAGUUCAUCUGCAUUUGCUUGUCUUCACAACUAACAGAUUGAAACAUAGGCAUGUGUGCAACAGAUAUGCAGUAUUAUUUGUUAUAAAUGUUGAAUGGUGAAUUAUUUUGCACAGCGUGAAUAUAUUACUCCUGAUACCAUAUCAAGUAAUGAAGUUCCAUCUCGGUUUCACAAAUUUCUUGGUUCUCUGUGACUCCAGUUCAUGUAUAAUAUUGUUGUGGUAUAUAAUUUUAUCCUCCUCAGUGUGUAGCUUUCACUACACUAGACGUGGUAGUUACUGUCUGUAGACAAAGGUACAAGAGGUGGGGGGAGGGGGGUGGGGUGCGCGUGCGAGCGCGCGCUCGCGCGCACACACACACACACACACACACACACACACACACACACACACACACACACACACACACAUUCUCAUAGUCUGGUUUUUGUUGCCAUUCAGAUAAACAGUUUGUUCCUUAUUGCUGAUCCUAGGGUCUAUAACCCCUGGCCAAGUUCCAGUUCUCCAAUAAUUACAGUGUCAUUCAAGCUUCUGCCCUUCCCAUGAUUUGUCCUAUCUUUCCUGUGCCAAAGGCAAAUUCUUAGUUCUAGAGCAUUCAUUCAGUUUCUAAUACUGGGUGUUGGUAGAAAACGAUUAACUUAGAGUUAUCAGAUAUCAAAACUUCCAUGACAUCAUUACCCAUAUAAAUGCUGUGUGACUUUUUACUAACACCCCUCCUCCCCUUGUCACCACUACCACAAACAAAUGACUUGUAAAACCUGUCAUCAUUGUGUUAAUUCAGUUUUUGAGCCAGUUUUAUUAUUUACUUUGCCCAUUUGAAACUUCCUACAUUUUCUUUAUUUUGCUACCUUCAGAAACAUUUCUUCAGAGUAGUAGAAUUGUUUCAUGUGUUCACAGUUUGCAACAUUAUUUUUUUCUCUAAUUUCUGUAUUGUCAUCAACUAGAUGUUCUCCCCAUUUGCAUAUGGUUGUCUUCAUUUGCAUCCCUCAUUUUCGGGACUCCAGGUCUCUGUUUCUUAUUAAUAAUUUGCAGAAGAACAACCAUUAUAGAGUAAAUUUGUUUUCCUUGCCUUAUGUGUACCAAGUAUAUAUCCUAACACAGCACAAAUAAGUUUAGUUGCAGUGGCCAUGUUGUUGUUUUCCGUUGGUCUUCGUCGGCUCUGAUGUGGCAGUAUCGACGUCAUGCAUAUAUCUCCAUAAGAAUAUUUGGAAAGUAGGAGAGAACUACUGGAGAUGCUAGUAUUGUCUGUUACUUGUGAUUGUAUAGAUUAGCUAUAGAGUCUUGCUGACAGAAAAUAGUGAUACAGGUACAGAUCUUAGUUUUACACAUUAUUUUAAUCUGUCCAGAUGUUCAUUUCUGUGCAAGAUACAGACUUGGCAACACUUUCAUAUAAUGAUAGAUACAGAAAAUGAGAUUUAACAAUUGAACAAUUUUUGUUUAAAGAAAUUUCCGCCAUUGACUGUAAGUUUAUAUUCAUUUAUGUCAUACAAUCAUGAUUUUGGCUUUGUAGCCAUUCUCGAGUGCAAUUUGAAAUCACAAAAAUAUCUGACCUUCCUAAAUGACAUAUCAGUGUUAAAUAACAUUUAUCUGGUCUUAUAAACUGGUCAUUAUAUUAAAGGAUAUGAAUACAUAUCAAAGACACACAGUAUAUGUAUGGCACUCAUGUCCUUUAAUGUGAUGACUGUUUUAUAAGGCCAGAUAAGUAUUUCUUUGAUGAUGGCAUAUCAUUUAGACAGGUUGGACAGUUUUUGAAAUUUCAAAUUGCAUCUGAGAAUGGCUAUAAACCCGAAAUCAUGAUUGCGUGAAAUGAAUGAAUGCAAAUUGGCACUCAGAUGGAAGAAAUUUCUUUCAAGAAGUUCUACUUGACUGUGGUCCCCAAUGAAAGAAAAAUUAUUAAUUCAACAAUGGUAUGGAACACUAAGAGUAGUUAAUAAUUGUAAUUUGAAAUUUUCAAAUGAUUCAGCCUUUUAGUGCAUUCCAGUCCAUGAUGUACAAAAGUUUUUUUCAAACAUAUCAUUAGCAUAAACAAGUGUUCAUUCUGGGUAAUACUGAGGAUAAAUUACCCACUGAACAUUACUGUACAUCAUUGCCAUUCAGCUAUUUGCCAUCAGUAAUUAUAGUGGCAGUGUUCCAGAAGACAUUUAAAUAUUAAUUUCCAUCUUAUUAAAUGAUAAUUAUUUUCUUUCCAUGUUUUCUUAUACUUUGUACCCUGUUAUAGUUUGUAUUUCAGCCUCGUAGCCCUUGGUACCCAGUUUUACAAAAGUCCAAAAUGUUUGGACUGUUUCAAAGCUUACAGUACAUUUAAAUUUCUGACUCAUAUUCCCUUUAUUCAUUUGAAAUGUAACAAACUUGUGAAAGUCAUUUUAAUUAAAACAGUACAAACUAAUCAAUCUACCUCAAAAAAUGAAAGUGGUCUUGUUCUUUUGGUUGGCUGUCCAGAACAUUUAUUUUCUGGAGGAAGCGAACUUAAUUUUCAAUUACAUACUGUAUUCUAUAAUUUCAUCUUAUUACUGGCAUAAGCAUCAUAUUUUAUUUUGAUCAUGAACUAAUAUACUCAGUUUAAAUCAAAAUAAAUGGAUGCCACACUUAAAAAAAAGGGGGGGGGGGGGGGGGGGUGAGCCAUGUUGGAUGAUGUAACAACACUUUUAUUUCGUGACCUUUUCAGGGUACAGAAAUGAGGUUUUCAGAAGAUGACAGUUCACAGAGGUACUAUAAAAAGAGAUAUUGAAACAUGUUAUGGUGUGCUUCUUUUAACAACAUUUGAAAAUUUUUGAAAGUACGACGAUUAAACUCUCAUUGGUGUUGAAACUUUUGACUAAAAUAUACCAGAAAUGUGCUAAAAUUGAAAGACAAGAUAGCUGUGAUUGGCUGUUGCACUAUAAAUACAAGGGGGGUCUGUUAUGUUAGGCUCUGCCAUAAUAUGCAGAUAGAAGACAAGCCUGCACUGCUAAGAUGAAACAUAUUUCCUCUUGAUCUUAAUUUAUUUUACAUAGAUACAAUGUCAGCUUCAGUUGUUGUAAGUGGAGCUACAUUCUAACUUCUAGCCUGUCGGGAGGGGUUGAAUAAAACUAUUUCAAAUGUGUGUACAUACUGGAAUAGAACAGCAUUUGUGGGAACAGUUAAAGGGCUUGAAAUGACAGUAUAGCCUGGCAUGAGAGCCCCACUUAGCAAUGUUUACACCACAGUUGACAAAUUCUAGACACCUCAUCAUUUAACUUUAGCACAUUUUUUGGAUAUUUUUCCAAAAAGUUUCAUUGUCAAUAUUAACAAGCAUUACAGCACUAUAUUCAUCACCAUGCAUAUGAAAUGGUAAACUGUGUAAAGUGCACAAUAAACAAAACAUAUGUUACACACUCUACCACUACACAUCAUCUGUGUAUAUUAAUUAGCUCCCAUUCAUAAGUUGAAUAUUUAUUCAUGGAAAAUGAAACUACAGAUAAACUUUAAAAAACCAAGACAAAAAGUUCAUAAAUAAGCUGUGUGAAUAGGAAAUAUUACAGGAUAUGUAUCAAGAGUUUAAAUUCUUUUUUUCUUCCAAUUUGCAAAGAACAUGUUGAUGGCAAUUUUCUUCAGUCAGGCAGCUGUGUUCACAGGUCCCUGAGAUAUGUAUUUGUGAAAAAUGAAUGUAUUUAAAUGAAUUUUCAAAAUGCGUAACAACAUGUCUACACAGGGGAAAUAGUUUGCCUUUUGAUAAUCUGAGCAUGAUGCAGUAAAUGACUGAUAAUGCUUUUGAAAGGACGUUGUAUUCAUAUGAAACAUUUCACCAGCUCUUGUUUCGAUAUAUAUCACAGUCUCAUUUUGUCAGAGCUAAUGUAAUCACAAAGUACUUACUUUUGUAAAUUAUUUGUAGGUUCCGAUGUGUAAAAAGGCAAUAUAUGUACUUAAAAUUAAUGUAACUUUUGAAUAAUAUUUUUGUUUAGAGGAGAGACAAAGAUAGAAGAAAUAACUUACUAGAAAUCAACCCUAAAAUGUAAUUGUCACAGAUUCACUAAAUUCAUGAUUUUCCUUUCUCUCCUCGUCCUCCUCCUCCUCGUCCUCCUCCUCCUCGUCCUCCUCCUCCACCACCACCUCCCCCCUUCCACCUCCCCCCUGCCCCCCCCUCUCCCCCCCCCCCCCCUCUCUCUCUCUCUCUCUCUCUCUCUCUCUCUCUCUCUCUCUCUCUCUCUCUCUCUCUCUCUCUCUCUCUCUCUCUCUCGCAUAAAACCUCCUUACACACAUAUGCAAAAAAAAAAAAAUCACCCCCUCAUUUUCAUAAUAUGUUCUUUCCCAUUCAUAGCAUUUGCACAAGUUGUUAUAUUGUUACUUGAUAGACAUCUAUGUUAACACUGCACUGAAAAUGGAAGCUUAUGUACCAGUCACUCAAGUACAUUGUUUUAUUAUUCUAUUGAUAUUUUGUAAAGAAGAAAAAAACAGUCUGUUCCUCUGUACUGAUUUUUAUGUACCUUAUUUAAGAACCUCAUUGGGAAAGUCUCAGGGGACUUUUCUUUCAUGAAAAGGAAGAAAGAAAGAUAACAUAGAAUUUUUGAAAUGUCUCUGUGUGUAAAGUUCAAAUAUCUUUUGAUACAAUAAAGUUAUGUAUAGGUAUGCCUCUGAA